AAGCAAAGCUAAAACCUUUGACAAUAUUACCGAAGCUUAUCAAUACCAAAAUAUUGUAGAUGAUCAGAAUCUGAUCCGAAAUUUGUAAACCCUAAUUCUCAAGUGAUGUUGACUCUCUACGGUCAAGAAAGCUCGCCGGAGGGUACCAGUAGCACAAGUAACAAUAAUCGGGAUGAGACGCCGGAGACCGCCGUGAGAGAUAUCCACGCGCUUGCUCCGGUGUUGCCACCACCGCCUGCCAUGCGAGGCUAUUUUUCUCCGACGAGAUCAGCGACGACGAACAUGAGCGAAGGAGCUUCUUCCGGGGAAAACUUUACAACCAUAAGCAGAGAGUUCAACGCUCUAGUCAUCGCCGGCUCCUCCAUGGGAAACAACAACGAACGUCCAACGACUAGUGACGCCACGCAACGUGACGACUUGACGAGGAUCCACGAGGAGAGGGACGAAGAAGAGGAGACGAACCCGUUGGCUAUCGUGCCGGAUCAGUAUACGGGUUCGGGUCUGGAUCAGGGAACUAGAGAUGGGUCGGGUCAGGUUCAGGGUCGGGUUGGGACGUCGUCGGUGCAAAGGGUGAAGAGAGAAGAGGUGGAAGCGAAGAUAACGGCGUGGCAGACGGCAAAACUAGCUAAGAUCAAUAACAAGUUUAAGAGAGAAGACGCCGUUAUUAACGGUUGGGUUAACGAGCAAGUCGAUAAGGCCAAUUCCUGGAUGAGAAAGAUCGAGAGGAAGGUAGAGGAGAGAAAAGCGAAAGCAAUGGAGAAGACGCAGAACAAAGUGGCGAAGUCAAAGAGGAAAGCGGAGGAGAGGAGAGCAACGGCCGAGGCAAAGAGAGGGACUGAGGUUGCAAAAGUUAAUGAAGUUGCUAAUCUCUUGCGAGCCGUUGGUCGUCCUCCUGCCAAACGUUCUUUCUUCUCCUUUUCCUAAUUUUUAGUUUGUUGAUCAAACAUAAUUUUAAGUAUUCUCAUUCUUGCAUAUAUUUUUGUUAUUUGCGGAAAAAUGGGACAUUUUUUAGGACUUAUAUACACAGAUCGUUGAAAUA